ACCAGCGGCCGCAAGAUACUAGCAGAGUGAGAAUCCGAGCGAGAUAUAAGCUUCUGCUAUCCAUUCGAAAACCCUAGAAAUAUUAAAUCGCUGCCUAGGGUUUUCCCUCUCAAACCCUAGAUCUUCUCGAUGCCUCCCAAGGCCGCUAAAUCGAAGGAAGCCGCACCCGAGAGGCCAAUCCUCGGACGUUUCUCCUCUCACCUCAAGAUCGGAAUCGUUGGAUUACCAAAUGUUGGCAAGUCCACACUCUUCAAUACACUGACGAAGCUAUCGAUCCCUGCGGAGAACUUCCCGUUCUGUACCAUCGAGCCUAACGAGGCCCGAAUUAAUGUCCCCGACGAGAGAUUUGAUUGGCUUUGUCAGCUCUACAAGCCUAAGAGCGAGGUGUCAGCUUUUCUGGAAAUACAUGACAUAGCUGGGCUUGUGAGAGGGGCUCAUCAAGGCCAGGGUUUGGGGAACAACUUUCUCUCUCACAUUCGUGCUGUUGAUGGCAUUUUUCAUGUAUUAAGAGCAUUUGAGGAUCCAGAUAUCAUUCACGUUGAUGAUGUUGUCGAUCCUGUUAGGGAUUUAGAGACGAUAACUGCGGAACUUCGGCUUAAGGAUGUGGAAUUUAUGGAAAGGAAGCUGGAAGAUCUUGAAAAAAGCAUGAAAAGAAGUAAUGACAAGCAACUUAAAGUAGAACAUGAAUGCUGUCAGAGGGUGAAAGCAUGGAUAGAGGGUGGGAAAGAUGUUCGUUUAGGAGAUUGGAAAGCUGCUGAUGUUGAGAUACUAAACACCUUUCAAUUGCUUACAGCCAAACCUGUUGUCUACUUGGUGAACAUGAAUGAGAGAGACUACCAGAGGAAGAAGAACAAGUUUCUUCCCAAGAUUCAUGCAUGGGUGCAGGAGCAUGGUGGUGAGCCUAUUAUACCUUUUAGCUGCGUCUUGGAAAAAACCCUUGUAGAUAUGCCAGAGGACGAGGCUGCUAAAUAUUGCAAGGAAAAAAAUCUACAGAGUGCCAUCCCAAAGAUCAUAAAGACUGGUUUUUCUGCAAUCAAUCUCAUAUACUUCUUCACUGCUGGCCCAGAUGAGGUGAAAUGUUGGCAGAUCAGGAGGCACACAAAGGCUCCUCAAGCUGCAGGUGCCAUCCAUACUGAUUUUGAAAGAGGCUUUAUAUGUGCAGAGGUUAUGAAGUUUGAGGAUUUAAAAGAGCUGGGCAGUGAAUCAGCUGUUAAGGCUGCUGGAAAGUACAGGCAGGAGGGGAAAACUUACGUAGUUCAGGAUGCCGACAUUAUUUUCUUCAAAUUUAAUGUCUCCGGGGGUGGAAAAAAGUAAUUCCUGUCGCUGUCACAUUAAGAGUUGCUUUUUAAAAAAAAAUGGGGCGCAGCUGACGGGGCAAUAUUUUUAUUGCUAGUAGCAAAUUGUAAGCUUACAAGCUCUUUAUAAUGGCGAUAUGUACGACUCGGCAGAAUUUUUAUCUUUGCAUUUUGCUUUACGCUUGGAACUCCUUUUGUGGUUACUGGUAUGAAUUUCCAAUUUACUUAAUCAGGAUGAUGUGCAAUUACGCUGCCGUUUUGAGAAAACCGACCUCCAGCUUAAUUGUAACUGUAGUAGUUGGUCUUACCGCUUGAUACAUAAUAUUUGCGAGGUUGCAUAAAGCUCACUUGCUGCUUUAUUAAACCUCAUAACAGCAAUGGGAAGAGUCUUUUGAGGUUUA